GUCAUUCAUAGUUUAUGGAUGCCGCCUAGCCGCGAGUCAGCUGAGGAUUAUUUUUACAAAAAAACACGAAAUAUUCAAUAAACUAAUCAGAUUCUUGUUGCUCUGAUAUAUGCUACACAACGGUCUCUUUAGUGCAGCCACACAAAUUUCUGACAGUGUAAGAUAGCGUCGCGUUCAGUGUGCGUUACAGGCUGUUAUGUGGAAAAUGUCUUCACAGCUAGAAACCAUAGUUGCCGCCUACAAGACGUUGACAAAGAUCCCGUCUCUAACCGGUGGGAAGCUCAACAAUGCUGCUAAUAAGGUGACAGCUAAGUGGUCUGUUCGCAACUUGGAUAAAGGCAAGAACACAUCAUAUGCUACCUCGUACACCUUGGACAGCGAACUUUAUGUUACCGAUGAAAGUGAUUUUGGAACUGAUAUUAGUAAUGAAAUCCUAUCAGCCAUAUCUCCCCGGGAGAACUACAAAGCAAUAAUCCGCGAAGAGAAGAACGGCAAGGAUGCCAAGAAACAAUAUUUGGAGGUGUGGAACACCAACACUUUGUCUCAGAGCGUUGAUCUCACAGCCUUGGAUAUACAUGGAGAUGUUUAUGCUGACUCGGAAUUUGGCAGUCUGGACUGGUCCCCCGAUGAGAAAGCAUUAGUGUAUGUAGCUGAGAAGAAGUUGCCUAAAUUCGAGCCGUAUAUUAAGAGGAAAGCCGAAGAAAAACCUAAGCUAGAUGGUAGUGGAGAAACUGCGCCCAGAAAGGGUGAAGAGUUUUUAUACAGACAAGACUGGGGCGAGCAGCUGGUAGGCAAGCACCUGUCCGUCGUGGUGGUGUUCAAGCUCGCCACGGAGACCUUCACCGUGCUGUCCGGUAUACCGGACGGCAUGUGUCCCGGACAGGUGCGUUUCUCCCCGGACGGCAACAGCGUGGUGGGCGUGGUAUGGGAGACGGAGCCGCGACGCCUCGGCCUCAUAUUCUGUACCAAUAGGCCCAGUUACAUCUUUGAAUGUACGCUCGAUGGGGCUUUCAGAAAGCUAAGCGGUGACGGCUUAGCGGUUCGCUCACCGAGACUGAGUCCGGCCGGUGACUUGGUCUGGUUACAGCGUGAAGCGGGCGGGCCUCAUCACGCCUGCCACCAACUCGUUAUUAUGAAGAAGAAUACUAACACAAUCACCACACUCAUAGAUAUCAUAGACACAGAAGUAAAGACAGAGAAUGGCUACAGUUUCACCGGGCUGUACUGUCAGUCGCUGCCGCACAAGUGCUUCAGUGCUGACGGCAAGCGCCUCGUGCUGUCCACGCAGCACCACGCUGAGAUACGAGCCUAUGUCCUUCAUAUAGAAUCUGGCAGCAUAACGGACAUCUCGAACAACCGAGGCAGCCCCUACUCCACCAGCGUGGUGGACGUGCGAAGCGAUGUCAUACUGGUGACUUGUUCCAGUCUCGUCACUCCGGGACAGCUAUACAUAGCCCGGCUUCCAGCGGUCGGCAGCGAGGCGGCUACAUCAUGGUCUCGAGUCACGUGCAACUGUGACGCUACUGCGCCUGUGGCCGCAGCACGAGUUCGCUACCUGCAGCUGCAGCACGCAAACUCCACAGAUAGCGUCAAUUCGUUUUCGGCCAUAUACAUGGCUCCAAACAUUGAGAACAAACAGUUCCCUCUCAUCGUGUGGCCGCACGGAGGUCCUCACUCCAACUUUGUUAACGCAUACUCUUUGGAAGCAGCUCUUUUCACCACGUUGGGAUUCGCAUUAGCAAGAAUAAACUACCGCGGAUCAAUUGGUCAGGGCGAGGCAAACGUCCGUUCUCUGCUAGGCCACAUCGGCGACUACGACGUAAAAGACUGCCUUCUCACUCUAACUACCUUGCUAGAAAGAGAUGAAAGGCUCUGCCCAAAAAAUAUAUUCUUAAAUGGAGGAAGCUAUGGAGGUCUGAUUGUGGCCCAUCUGGCUGGGUUGUACCCUGAUAGGUUCAAUGCAGUUGUGAUGAGAAACCCUUUAAUAGAUCUAGCAAGUAAAGCGAAUUAUGCCGAUAAUUAUGAUGGGUGUGCAGCAGAAUCAGGUUUCGACUUCACGGAAAAGGGUCCAGUUUCUGAAGAGCAACUGCUCGCCAUGAGACGGUGUUCCCCCAUAGCUCAUGUGCACAAAGUGAAGGCACCCACUGCUCUCAUGUUGGGCAGCGGGGACAAGCGAGUGCCGCACUUCCAGGGUCUGGAGUACGCUAGGAGGCUGAAGGCUAAUGGAGUGCCUACCAGGAUAUACAUGUACGAUGACAACCACUCGUUGUCUUCACCCGCCGCUGAAAUGGAUAACCUCAUCAACGGCGCCCAUUGGUUCAUGGAGCAUUUGCAGUUAUAGCUCAGUGAAGACUCGAGUCAGAGCUAGAGUAUCGAUUGUUAUCGAUUAAUCGGCUGCCUCGAUUUCUAGGUAUCGAUUAAUCAGCGAUGAAGAUUUAAUCAUUUUUCAUAUUUUUUUCAUUUUUAUAAGCAAUAGUAUUUGUUAGGAAUACAUUAAUUGUUAUAUUAAUAUCUAAAAUUACGAAAAUUUAAAAUCGAUUGAAUACUGGUGCUUAUUGUCUAUCAGGGUACAGUUUACUUACUGUAAUAAGCAGGUUUAUAAGGGAAUAAUACCUGUAAAAAAUAUAUGUAAUUUUUUACUUACCUGUUAAUAAAUCAGUUAUUUUGCA